AUGAAAGCACCGCUCAAAGUUUCUUGCAAAUUCUCCUUCUUCGAAAUUUCUGAUUUUUUCAACCUUAACGUAAAUUGUUAUUUGACAGAUUCAAUUUCAUUUGGAGAAUCGCCUGUAUCAAUGGGGGAAGCUCCAGCUUUCUUAGUAGAUGAUCUUCAGAAAGAUUUAACAAAUGGAUUUCAUUUAAAAUUGAAAGGCCAUGAAACGGCUAUUAACAUUGGCCACAAUAAAACGUAUGUCAUUGCUGGGAUGGAAAAUGAAUCGACUUCGAACAUUGAAGUUCGAAUUUAUGAUAAAUAUACUGAUGAAUGGGUGAUCCCUAUUGUGUUGGGAACAAAACCCAAGUCAUCAAAGGGCCAUACAGCUGUUCUUUUGGAUGAAGACAAGAUUUUGGUUAUUAAGGGAAAUUCCACUUCUGAUGAUUGCUUUUGGUUUCUCGAGGUCAAUACUGCAUUUGUUAGAGAACAGAAGAAGAGAUUUGAGACUGAUGUGGUUGCUUGGAGUAGAGGAGUUAUUGGUGAAGCUGAAAUACCCAUUGUAAUUAGCGGUCCUUCUGGAGUUGGUAAGGGUACCCUAAUUUCUAAACUGAUGGAAGAAUUUCCAUCAAUGUUUGGAUUUUCAGUAAGCCACACAACCCGUGCUCCAAGGAGCAAAGAGCAGAAUAGGGUGCAUUACCAUUUCACUGAACAUAGUAUCAUGGAGAAAGAUAUAAAGGAUGGAAAGUUCCUUGAGUUUGCAUCCGUUCAUGGAAAUCUCUAUGGAACCAGUAUAGAAGCUGUCGAGGCAGUCACGGAUAAAGGAAAGAGAUGCAUCCUCGACAUUGAUGUUCAAGGAGCGAGGUCUGUGAGGGGUAGUUCUCUAGAAGCCAUUUUUAUAUUUAUUAGUCCUCCCUCAUUUGAAGAUCUUGAGAAGCGCCUGCGUGCAAGGGGGACAGAGACAGAAGAACAGAUCCAAAAGCGGCUCAAAAAUGCUAGGGCGGAGAUUGAACAAGGAAACUCACCAGGCCACUUUGAUUGUAUCUUGGUGAAUGAUGACCUUGAGACUUGUUACAAGAAUCUUAAGAAAUUAUUGGGCCUUAGUGAGGGUGCUGAGACCCCACACAAAUUAUUGCCAGAAUCGGUCGAAAUACAUCUGGAGCAUAGAGUUUCGAAAAUUGAUCAGAAGAUCCUCAUAAACUGUGGAAAUUCAGAAGAAAACUCGUAUAGAAACAUGUUUUUGCUGGAUUUAUCUGCAAUUAAAGGUGGGGCACCAGGACGGACAAGGGGGUUGAACUUGCUCACUGUCGAACCAUCCAUAAAUGGCACCAAAAUGCUAAGCUAA